AAAUUUAAAAUUUGACCGCAAAAUGCCUGAAAUCUGAAAGCCCUCCAACUUUCUCCUAUUAAAAAGCCCCCAUUGAUGAGCUUGAAACUCAACUUCUCCAUCUUCACCUCCCCUUCUUCUCAGUACUCCAUUUCUGGAGCUAAAGGAGCAAUAAAGAGCAGAGACAUCAACCAUGGCUCAUUCUGUCUUCGCGGAGGAAUGCAAGGAGCUCAGCAAGGUCCUGUCAGGAUUGGAAGGCCUCGGAGUGGAAGAGAAGUCUGUGGUGUCGGCAAUGGGGAGAUGGCUCAGUUCAGAAAAAGCUUCGGUGGUCUGUUUAAGGAUGAGACCGGAAGCUUUGUGCGAGUUGACCUUGAUUACUGUCAUUUGCUAGAGUUGGAAUUUGCGAGGUUUAAGAACCUGACUUUUCAAUGGGCAAUGCAUCCAUCGGAGAGGGAUGCUCGUUGGGCUCACCAAGUAAUACACAAAGAGCUUUCCCCUGCAAUUCUUGUGGAAAUCUCAUGCACUCGAUCGGCAGCUGAGCUUUUAGGGGCGAGGAAGGCGUAUCAUGUCCUCUUUCAUCACUCGCUUGAAGAAGAAGUUGCCUAUUGUAUCUCUGGAAGCCAUGCCAAUUUUCUGGUCAGGCUUGUGAGCUCCUACAGAUAUGAAGGCCCUCAUGUGAACGAAGGAACAGCAAAAUCAGAGGCUAAGGCUCUGCAUAACGCUGUUCAGAAAGGAGCAUCAGAAAGCCUCGUAGAAAAUGAGGAGAUUGUGAGGAUCCUGACUACUAGGAGCAAGCCACACCUAAAACUGACCUUCAAGUUCUACAAGGAACUGUUUGGGAAGUCCAUAGAAGAGGAUCUUGGAGAUGUGCCUUUCAUAAUAGAUGCAGUUGAGAGCAUCAACUCAGCUCCAGCAUAUUUCAGCAAGUUGAUAGAGAAGACUUUAAAAGUUGGAGCAGAUAAUGACACAAAAGAAGCUCUGAGUCGUGUGAUUUUGUCGAGAUCUGAUGGAGACAUGGAUGAAAUUAAAGAGGAGUAUCUGAAGAGAUAUGGAAUUAAACUUGAAGAUGCUUUAAAGAAAUCCACCCAUGGUGUUUAUAGGGAUGCCUUGCUCUCUUUAGUUUAAGUCAAAUAAGGAGCUGCUGUUUGGUUUAGUCUUUGGAAGCAGGAAGGCUGAAAUUAAGGUCUUUCUCUAUUAUUAAUGUUUUAGAUUUCGUGUUAGGGAGAAAAUAUUCCACUUGGUAAAUCGGAUGUGUGGUUGACGGGGUGAAUUACACCAUGUUCGGACGAUGAAUGUAUUAUUUUCCUCAUAUUAGGAGUUUAUUAUUUUCUUACAUUUAAUGUGUGCUUGAGAGUAAUAAUAAGUUUGUUUUUGGAAA